GCACUGCGCCAAAAGCAGUUCACAUUCUAAACUCUGCAGACAUGUCUCUGGGAUCGGUUAAGUCUCUGGUAAUCCUGGCCGCAAUGCUGGUCGCCUCUACCGAGGCAUUGAUGAAGCCAUUGCCUCCCUAUGUGGGCAUGCCCACCCAGGAUGGUCUGACUCGUCUGUUCUUUAGCUCUCGGGUGACGCGUCGCGAUCCGAUGAUAUCGAUGUCUUGCUUUGCUGGCUACAUUGGCGAAUCGAAUCUCAUAGCGGAACAGUACAGUGAAGCCUACAGCGCUUGUCUGAAGGACGCGCAGAGAUCACGUCGCGGCAUCGACAUCGACUUCCUGCCAACUCGCAGGAGCAUCGAACUAUCUGCCGAAUCUGUGUGUAGGGCACUAACUAAGUGUAACAAGGUCAAUGGCACGCUCGACUCCUUCAAUUGCCAUGCGGCAGCGGGUUCCAACAAUACGAUUUCCACUUACGGCAUUUCGGGCAAUGCCUCUGAGUCGGCCACAUUGCUGCAGGAACGCUACCGCCUAAUCGAUCUGAAUCAUGAGAAGUGCAACAACAAGGCCGAGCGCAGCUACGUGGAGUCCACCGCCAGCAACUACAACUACCUGCAGGCCUGUCUCGAUGGCCGAAUUAGUCCAAAAGCUAUACCCACCACAACCAGCACCAGCAGCAGCUCAACAACGACAACGACCACAACGACGACGACGACCACCGAGGCGCCAACCACGGCGGAGCCAGUGACCACGGAAGCACCGGCCAAUCUCGAGGAUCAGUUCAAGCAGCUUUUAAACUUGCUAAACUAAUGCCAAAGCGCAUUGUCAACUUCUUUGGGAAGCUCUUCAAGAGCUAACCAUCUAACACUAGACAGCAAAUAUUUAUCAAAAUAUAUAUUUAAAGCACAUGU